CACUGUGGAACCCGUUAUCAUGUGACUGUAGUUUUACACUCGUGUUGUUGAACGACUGUUUUGUUCCCCUUCUGAACAAAUGUCAAGACUGAAUCUGCUUCUUUGGCUCCAAAACUUCCACUUGCAGCGAGUGUUUAAUAAUGUUUUUGAGGAUGUUGUUUUCCUCUUUAAGACCGGUCCGUUCCAGUUCCCUCCCACUGACAACAAGCUGCCAACAAGCCACUCCUUCAGAGAAACUGUCAGUUUGAGAAAAUGGCUCACGACCAGGAACUGUUCGACUGCUCGAUCUGUUUAUACUUACUGGAGGAUCCCGUCACCACCGCCUGUGGACACAGUUUCUGUAUGAAAUGCAUCAAUAGUUUCUGGGACACAAGAAAUAACAGAAGAGGAACUUACAGCUGCCCUCAGUGCAGGCAGACCUUCAGCACCAGGCCCGUCCUGAAGAGGAGCACGGUUCUGUCCCACCUGCUGGAGGAACACAAGAGGACGACUGACCAACACGCUGCUUCUGAUGGUGACAACUUUGCUGCUCCUGAAGAUGUGCCGUGUGACGCCUGCACGGAGAGGAAACAAAAAGCUUCCAUGUUCUGUCUGGUGUGCUUGGCCUCCUUCUGUGAGACUCAUCUGCAGCCUCAUUUUGAGGUGCCGCCUCUUAAAAAGCACGACCUGAUUCAAGCCUCUGCGAGGGUCAAAGAGAGCAUCUGUGACCGUCACCACAAACUUCUGGAGAUCUUCUGCCGCACUGACCAGCAGUUCUUGUGCCUGAUGUGUGCGGUGGAUGAACACAAAGGCCACGACACUGUGGCCGUCUCCGCAGCAAAGUGUGAGAUGCAGAGACAACUGGAAAAGACUGAACGGGACAUUGCUGACAGGGUGCUGGUGUCAGAGAGGAACAUAGCAGAGCUGAAGGAUGCAGCAGACUCUAUAAGAGACGCUGCCUGGCAGGCGUGCGAUGACUUUGAGCGACAGAGCCUGGAGUACAUCUCCGUAUACACCCGCUUCGUCAAGAGGAAAUGCUCUGAGAUGAGAGAGAAAGUGGGAGAAGCCGAGAAAGCUGGAGUGGACCGGACCACGAGUCGCCUCAGGAAGCUGCAGCGUGAAGUGUUUGAGCUGAGGAGGAGACAGAAUAAAGUGCAGCAGCUUUCACAGACGGAUAAUCCCGUCCAGUUUCUCCUGGGUUUCCAGGCCCUGGGCGACAUCCCCGCGUUCACAGACUCACAUGAAACCUUUGACCUGACAGAGUUUGUCGCUGCACAAAAAGAUGAAAUGAAAAACAUGUGCGACAAAGAAAGGAACGAAUUAUUGUUUAAUUCUGGUGAAAUUAUGUUGAAAAAACCCAGACUGCACGAGGAAAUACCGUCAAGGAUGAAGCUUUUGCGCAGAUACACCCAGGUGAAGGUGGAUCCCUGCACAGUAGCUGCAUGUCUUUGCCUGUCUGAAACAAAGACGGAGAUAUCGUGGAGUGGCAGCGUCCAGGCUCAACCUGAUCACGCUGACAGAUUCACCCACUUCUACCAGGCUCUGGGCGAAAAGGGCCUCGAGGGGGACGCCUACUGGGAGGUGGAGUGGGACGGUGGCAUCGUCGAGGUGGCCGCGUCGUACAAAAGCAUAAAAAGAAAAGGCUCAGGGAAGGAAUGCUGCUUUGGCCACAAUGAUCAGUCCUGGAAAUUAAUCUGCUCUCCGUCUGGCUGCACGUUUUGGCACAAUAAUCUCCACAAAGGUCAAAUAGCUCCGGUUCGCUCUCGCAGAGUUGGCGUGAGGCUCGAUUACGACGCAGGAACGCUGGGUUUCUACAGCGUUACUCCCCCCGACAGGCUGACGCUGCUGCACCAAGUCCAGACCGCCUUCACCGAGCCUCUCUAUCCCGGGUUUGCAGUUCAUUUAGGUGCAACACUGAGAGUAUGUAAGCUCUGAGCCUGUUCACAGUCAUCAGCAUUGUCUUCAGGAUCGGCUGCACAUUUAAAAUAGUCAUAGAAGAGAAACGAAUAAUAUGAAUCUUGAUGAGGACCAAAGAAACAGACGACUGUAUAUUAUAUUCUGCCUUUUUUCUUUUUUUUAAAUAAUAAACUUCAAAAAGCAGAAGACAAAUGUUUAACACCAUUAUUCAUUGGUAGAGCUAAUUUCUUUUGUUAAUCAACAGAUCCCUUUUUAAUGUGCUUUUGGUGUAAGAGAUGGGGGCCAGAAUCCACACCGCUGUGAAACAAAUGUUUUAAUAUAUAAUAUGAGAAUUUAAUCAUGUGAGUUAAAUAUAAAUAGACAUCUUCUAAAUGUGCAGUAUUUUUGAUAUAACAUUAUUUCUUCUAGGAAUUAAAUUUCUCUAAAAGCUUUAGAGGGAGAUAGAAACCUGCUGGAAAAGGCUUUGUUGGAUUUAAUGCUCUGUGAUUGGAACUGUUGCUGUGAUUUUUCAGUAUUUUUAAUGAUUAAAAACCAAAACACGCUAACGAGCAGAAUGAUUGCUUUAGUUUAAUCGACACAAAUUAAAGGCUGUGCUCUGCUAAUCACACAUUCUUUAGCUGGUUUGAUAUAAAGUGUUUUGCAAAUGUCAAUUUUACCCAAACAACUAUUUUUUAUUUUUUUUACGGUAGCAAAGAUUGUGGAAGGUGUACAACUACAUUAAAAUUCAAUUCAAUCAAAUAAAAAAACAAUAAAAAAAA